GUUGGCAUUGUGGCCAAGGAUGACACUGAUCUCCUGGUGCCCGACCAGGAGGAUGCCUUUGCUGUGAAUAUCAACACAGGAUCUGUAAUGGUGAAGUCCCCCCUGAACCGGGAGCUGGUUGCCACCUAUGAGGUCACUCUCUCAGUGAUUGACAAUGCCAGCGACCUACCAGAGCGCUCUGUCAGUGUGCCAAAUGCCAAGCUGACUGUCAACGUCCUGGACGUCAAUGACAAUACGCCCCAGUUCAAGCCCUUUGGGAUCACCUACUACACGGAGCGGAUCCUGGAGGGGGCCACCCCCGGGACAACACUCAUUGCUGUGGCAGCUGUGGACCCUGACAAGGGCCUCAAUGGGCUGGUCACCUACACCCUGCUGGACCUGGUGCCCCCAGGCUACGUCCAGCUGGAGGACUCCUCGGCAGGGAAGGUCAUUGCCAACCGGACAGUGGACUACGAGGAGGUGCACUGGCUCAACUUUACUGUGAGGGCCUCAGACAACGGGUCCCCACCCCGGGCAGCUGAGAUCCCUGUCUACCUGGAGAUCGUAGACAUCAAUGACAACAACCCCAUCUUUGACCAGCCCUCCUACCAGGAGGCGGUCUUUGAGGAUGUGCCUGUGGGCACAGUCAUCCUGACAGUCACUGCCACUGAUGCUGACUCAGGCAACUUUGCACUCAUUGAGUACAGCCUUGGAGAUGGAGAGGGCAAGUUUGCCAUCAACCCCACCACGGGUGACAUCUAUGUGCUGUCUUCUCUGGACCGGGAGAAGAAGGACCACUAUAUCCUGACUGCCUUGGCCAAAGACAACCCUGGGGAUGUAGCCAGCAACCGUCGUGAAAAUUCAGUGCAGGUGGUGAUCCAAGUGCUGGAUGUCAAUGACUGCCGGCCACAGUUCUCCAAGCCCCAGUUCAGCACAAGUGUGUAUGAGAAUGAGCCAGCGGGCACCUCGGUCAUCACCAUGAUGGCCACUGACCAGGAUGAAGGUCCCAAUGGAGAGUUGACCUACUCACUCGAGGGCCCUGGCGUGGAGGCCUUCCAUGUGGACAUGGACUCGGGCCUGGUGACCACACAGCGGCCACUGCAGUCCUACGAGAGGUUCAAUCUGACCGUGGUGGCCACAGAUGGCGGAGAGCCCCCACUCUGGGGCACCACCAUGCUCCUGGUGGAGGUCAUCGACGUCAAUGACAACCGCCCUGUCUUUGUGCGCCCACCCAACGGCACCAUCCUCCACAUCAGAGAGAAAGGCAGCCCCCAGUACCAGCUGCUGACAGUGCCUGAGCACUCACCACGCGGCACCCUCGUGGGCAAUGUGACGGGCGCAGUGGAUGCAGAUGAGGGCCUCAACGCGAUCGUGUACUACUUCAUCGCAGUCGGCAACGAAGAGAAGAACUUCCAUCUGCAGCCCGACGGGCGUCUGCUGGUGCUGCGGGACCUGGACCGGGAGCGAGAAGCCAUCUUCUCCUUCAUAGUCAAGGCCUCCAGCAAUCGCAGCUGGACACCUCCCCGUGGACCCUCCCCAACCCUCGACCUGGUUGCUGACCUCACACUGCAGGAGGUGCGCGUUGUGCUAGAGGACAUCAACGACCAGCCGCCACGCUUCACCAAGGCUGAGUACACUGCAGGGGUGGCCACCGACGCCAAGGUGGGCUCAGAGUUGAUCCAGGUUCUGGCCCUGGAUGCAGACAUUGGCAACAACAGCCUUGUCUUCUACAGCAUUCUGGCCAUCCACUACUUCCGGGCCCUUGCCAACGACUCUGAAGAUGUGGGCCAGGUCUUCACCAUGGGGAGCGUGGACGGCAUUCUGCGCACCUUCGACCUCUUCAUGGCCUAUAGCCCCGGCUACUUUGUGGUGGACAUUGUGGCCCGAGACCUGGCAGGCCACAACGACACGGCCAUCAUCGGCAUCUACAUCCUGAGGGACGACCAGCGCGUCAAGAUCGUCAUUAACGAGAUCCCCGACCGUGUGCGCAGCUUCGAGGAGGAGUUCAUUCACCUGCUCUCCAACAUCACUGGUGCCAUUGUCAAUACUGACGAUGUACAGUUCCAUGUGGACAAGAAGGGCCGGGUGAACUUUGCGCAGACAGAGCUGCUCAUCCACGUGGUGAACCGUGAUACCAACCGUAUCCUGGAUGUGGACCGGGUGAUCCAGAUGAUCGAUGAGAACAAGGAGCAGCUGCGGAAUCUUUUCCGGAACUACAACGUCCUGGACGUGCAGCCUGCCAUCUCUGUCCGGCUGCCGGAUGACAUGUCUGCCCUGCAGAUGGCGAUCAUUGUCCUGGCCAUCCUCCUGUUCCUGGCUGCCAUGCUCUUCGUCCUCAUGAACUGGUACUACAGGACCGUACACAAGAGGAAACUCAAGGCCAUUGUGGCUGGCUCAGCUGGGAAUCGCGGCUUCAUCGAUAUCAUGGACAUGCCUAACACCAACAAGUACUCCUUUGAUGGAGCCAACCCUGUGUGGCUGGAUCCCUUCUGUCGGAACCUAGAACUGGCCACCCAGGCAGAGCAUGAGGAUGACCUACCGGAGAACCUGAGUGAGAUCACCGACCUGUGGAACAGCCCCACGCGCACCCACGGAACUUUUGGGCGUGAGCCAGCAGCCGUCAAGCCUGAUGAUGACCGAUACCUGCGGGCUGCCAUCCAGGAGUAUGACAACAUUGCCAAGCUGGGCCAGAUCAUUCGUGAGGGGCCUAUCAAGGGCUCGCUGCUGAAGGUGGUCCUGGAGGAUUACCUGCGGCUCAAAAAGCUCUUUGCACAGCGGAUGGUGCAAAAAGCCUCCUCCUGCCACUCCUCCAUCUCUGAGCUGAUCCAGACUGAGCUGGACGAGGAGCCACGGGAUCACAGCCCAGGGCAGGGUAGCCUGCGCUUCCGCCACAAGCCACCAGUGGAGCUCAAGGGGCCCGAUGGGAUCCACGUGGUGCACGGCAGCACGGGCACGCUGCUGGCCACCGACCUCAACAGCCUGCCCGAGGAUGACCAGAAGGGCCUGGGUCACUCGCUGGAGACGCUGACCGCUGCUGAGGCCACUGCCUUCGAGCGCAACGCCCGCACAGAAUCCGCCAAAUCCACACCCCUGCACAAACUUCGCGAUGUGAUCAUGGAGAGCCCCCUGGAGAUCACAGAGCUGUGACUAGACAGGGAAGCCUCGUGGGUGUAAGCAGCACCUGUCCACUGCCCUCUCCCAGGGAGCAACGGCAGGGACAGGGCCGGUCGGGGAGCUCCUCCCAAGGCCGGGCCUGGGGGACAACCUUGGCUUGGCCCUGGCAGCCUGCAUCAGCUGCUCAGAUCCCACUUUUGCCAGAUGCUUAUUCAGCAUCUGACCUCUACCUUCAUAAGAUCUGUUAUUUUUAUAAGAAAACCAAACAAAAAUGCUAAGCGUCUAAGGACAAGGUAAGGAGGGUCACUGGGGCCCAGAAGUCUGGGGACCAGCUCGGCUCAAGCUGAGCUGAAAGAGGCCGAACAGGCCCUCCUCCCUCCGGGCUCCACCCUGCAAGCACUAUCCCCUCCGGCUGAGCAGGCGCAAGGGAGGCCCGGCGUGGGCAUCCCCUGCUGGCCGGACACCCGACUCCAGUCCAAGUCCCGCUACAUUUCCACCACAUUCCUGCUGGAUGUCCAGGUGGAGGUGGCAUCCCCACAUGGACAAGGUCAAUGUCAAUGAACAAGCAUUCUCUCCAUUUCACUGGCUUCCCAAAUGUGCCCAGCUUAUAAAGAGAAGUGACUGAUGUUCCCUUGGGUUUUGAAUGUGGAGUGUUCGUGUGUGUUCCUUUUUUAAAUUAAGUUAUUCCCUCAA